GUGGUAUAAAUUUCUUAUACUGUUUUCAGCUUUAGGAAAUCGUAUCAUGACAUGUGGGCAUUAACUUAAAAAAGGAAAAUUAUGUUUUAAAAGUCAUUAGCAGUAGCACAUAAUAAUUUUAAAUUUGAAGCCUUUGAUACAUAUCUAUUGUGGAAGAGAAAAAUAGAAUCAUAGAAUUUCAAGUCUGAAGAAUACUUAAAUCCUGACUUACCUACAGAUAGAAAUUCUUUCUCUAGUGUAUCAGUCAGUCAUCCAGACUGUAGAGACAGAGCUCAUUACCUGAUUAAUAGUGUUGGAAAGUUCUAUAUAUGGAGCUAAACUUUGUUUUUCUUUAAUUUCUACCAAUUGGUUCUGGUACUGACUUCUGGAGAAGCAUAGAAUCAUAGAAGAGAACAUUUAUCUCUUCUGUAGAGCAACCAGCUCUUCAGGUUUAAAGGUAGUUUGGAUGUUUCCAGUUAGACCUCUUUAGCCAAGAAGUAACCUUUAAUUCCUUUAACCAUAUUUUGUGUGGUAUAUUUUCUGAGCUGGACAAUCUAAGAUUGUGUUGCUUUUGUAAACAUCCACAUCAGUACCUUUUGAGGUUUAUUGACUUUACAGAUGAAAUUUAAUUCUUUUUUUGUGCAAUUACACACAAAUCAGUUGUUCUGUGGUGUUUGAUUUUUUAGUCAAAGCAGAUCUUUGUAUUUAUUCGUAUUACUUCAGCACAGCAUUCCAGAUUGGAGAAAUGAUACUAAAUUGUAAUUUUAUCAUUUUGGGCAUUUAUUAACCAUACUGAUUUUAUAUCAGUUGCAGAUUUGAUAAGCACUCAUUGUUUAUUGUUUAUAUUCAAAUUAUUGUUUAAAAUGUUGAAUUUCAAAGGCCUGUGGGGACACAGAUUAUCUUUAAAUAAUCCUCUCUAAAUUCAUUUCUGCCUAUUACUACUUUUUGCUGCAAGUCCACCUUCUAGUUCUAUUAAGUAGCCCACAUUUUCCAUCUUAUAAUGUAAGAGUUCAUCAUGACAUAUAUUGUCAGAUGCUUUGUUAACUGAGAUCAAGAUACACUGUCUAUGGGCUCCCAGUGAAAUACACGUUAGUACUUCUGUCUUUGUAAAGUAGGCAUUUUUGAAAAAUCCUGGCAUGUCUAAAUGUUAAGGGCCUAUUCGUCCACAAUUGGAAAGCUAGAAAGAAAAUCUACCAUGAGUUGUAGGUUAGAUGAUAAUUAAGACCUCAAAAGAGAAAAGGAAUGAGAGGAUUUAUGGGAACAUUUGAUGCUCAGGGCCACGGUAAAUACCUGGGCUGAAAAGAAAACAGCCUGUGCCAUGAGAGCAGAGCUUCUUCACUGAGAAGGUAUUCUGGAGCAGGUGAGAAUUGAGGGACCUGGAAAUAGUUUCCCUAGUAUUAUCUAUUUUCUUUGUAAUGUGUGUGGUGAAAUCUUAACAGUGAAUGCUUCUGAGUGUAUAUGGGUGUUUCUUUGUGAUGGACCUCCUUAUUCUUUUUGCUAUGGAUACAGUAAUACUUCAUGGUAUAAUUUUGAAGAUUAAAAACUCAAUAUGAAGUCAUCUAGCUCAUUUUCUUGUAUUUUGUUGAAGGUAGAUAAAGCCUUAUUUAACCAUUUGUUAAGUUUUUUCCUUUUUUUAAUUUCCAUUGGCCAAUUGUGGUGAAUUUCUCAAGAAGUUACUAAAUGUGAGUUGUCGCAUCACAUUUCUUGGUCUCCAGUCUUCUUCAUCCUGUCCAGACCCAUUUUAUUGCUGCUGGAAGAAAAAUUUAUGACAGAUUGAGGUGGUGCCAUGCAGCAAGCAGCAGAGAGAUGCAGAGUUCGAGCCAGAAGGCCUGACAUGGCACUUUAUAUACCGAAAGCUCGAAGGGGUAUAGUGCUGCUUAAGUCAGGUGAUGAAGAAAAAAGCUGUGGUCCACCUAACUCUGUGGUGAAAGAAGAACAAAAAGAAGAUGGUCUCUUCCAAAAGGAGAUCUUUAGAGGCAAAUCUGAGACUCAGACACUAAGCAUUAAUCCUGAUGAUAAGGAACACAACCAUAGGGAAGGAAAGAAGUUUUCAACAAAAUUAAGAAAAGACACAUGCCUUCAAGAAAGAAAGAAAGAUAGGGUUUGUGUUAGGAGGGGACCCACAGAAUCUAAAGAAGCGUUAUCCCAAGGACAUCAGCAAAGUGUCCCAAAUCCUGCGAUGCUACCUAGUGCACCUUUACAAAGACACGUUAAACCAAAGAAGGUGGAGUGUUUGGAGGUCGAAACCACAAAUGUGAUAGGACCUGGGAAGUUGCUUCUAUCUCAGUCUUGUUCAGAAGUGGGUGAGGCCCAGGUUCUAAACAAACCAUUCCAAAAUACGGAAUUCUGUGAUUUCAGUAGGCACAAAGUAAGUGGCAAAACGUUCAAAGGCAGAGAUUUGGAAAACAGAAUUGAAACUGAUGUCAAGGUGGUGGAGAUACUAUCCCAGUUUCCUGGAGUUUUUAAUUCUGUAUUGAAACCUGAGAGUAAGACUGUGCCAAUAAAACUAAGUUCUGAUUCUGAAACUGUACCAGAAAGUAUGCAAACAUCGUGUGGAAUGUUGACUCUCGGCAAUGGAGGCAUCACUGCCAUUUCUGUUCCUGGAAGUGCGGAUGGUGUCACUGAUCAAACUUGUGUAGACUUUGAAGCUGAGAAUGUUGGUGAUACAGCCAACAGUACAGAUAUCAUCUUGGCUCAGAGAGGUAUAGAUUCCAUUCCUGAGACCUUGGGUCACAUCUCUCAUAAAAUGACCAUAGUCAGCAAAUUAGAGAGUAUGAAUGGCAUUUUUGAUCCAACACUGAUUAGAGAGUAUGAGAAGAAUGACAGUACUGCUGAUGACUUGUGUAUAAUGUAUGAACCUUCUGAUACAGCUCUCCUUACUCAUGAAACAGAUAUAGAUAAUGGGCUGAAGAGUGUAGGUGACAUUACCCAUAAGGCAUGUAAGAUGGACAUUACAGAUGUCCUGUCUGAUCAGAUAACUGUGGGCAGCCCUUGUGUAGCUGCAGUUAGAACAGCUGGUGAGGCCUGUAGCCACACAAAUAGUUUCUCAAAAUAUUUAGAAAUGAGUGCAGAUACAGCCCCUCUUCAUGUAGCUGGGAGUGGGAAUGACAUAGAAAAUUUCAGCAGCCUGACUGCUUGCUCAGAUAUUUAUGCUGAGAGUAUUUCAUCUAGUUUCACAGAGUCAACAGGAAAGUUGAUAGAGAGCUUGUCAGAUUGUGCUUCCUCCUUACCUAUAAAGAAGAUUGCUGGUAGUAAUUGUAGCACUUUUUUGGACUGUGAACUCAGUAUGUUAAAUGGGACAAAAGUACUUUCAGACAGUGCCUUGGGCAUUGAUCUAGAUUGUACGGGUGAUAUAACAGAGGCAUUGCAUGAACUAAAAACUGCCGAAGAGUUCGAAACAAAAGAGGAAGAUAACUCAGAGAAUAUAGAAUUUGGUGUAUCCUUUCCUGAUAUGGAAUCUGUAUCUAUGGAAACAUCUAUGGAACCGAAAGCAACGGAAACGUCUCAUGUGGAGGGAAGUACUGCUACUGAGGACAGCUGGGAGUCUCUGUUUAAUGAUGAUGGUGACUGCUUGGAUCCACGUCUUCUACAAGAGUUAUCAGGGAAUAUGAAGAAUAGAGAAAGCAUCCAGGAACCUAGAUUUGAUUAUUACAACCAUGAAGUUUCUGAUAUUGACCUCAGUGAUUGUGAAUUUCCACAUGUCAUAGAAAUUUAUGACUUCCCCCAAGAAUUUCGUACUGAAGACCUCCUGCGGGUUUUCUGCAGUUAUCAAAAGAAAGGAUUUGAUAUUAAAUGGGUGGAUGAUACACACGCCCUAGGAGUAUUCUCCAGUCCAAUUACAGCUCGUGAUGCUCUGGGUAGUAAACAUACCAUGGUGAAAAUCAGGCCAUUGUCACAGGCCACAAGAGCAGCCAAGGCCAAAGCUAGAGCUUAUGCCGAGUUCCUCCAGCCAGCAAAGGAGCGUCCUGAGACUUCAGCAGCCCUAGCCAGAAGGUUAGUCAUCAGUGCCCUUGGGGUUCGAAGUAAACAGAGCAAAACAGAAAGGGAAGCAGAGCUCAAGAAACUGCAGGAGGCCCGAGAGAGAAAGCGACUGGAAGCCAAGCAACGGGAAGAUGUCUGGGAAGGCAGAGACCAGUCUGCAGUUUGAACAUCACUUAAGGAAAUGGAUAGUUCCAUGAAUUCAGAAAUUAUUUCCAUAGUCUUCGGAUAGGAGGAUCCUUCUAGAGUUCUCUGUACAUGCAGAAGUGCGUGUUCGUGAAAGAACGAGAUAAAGCCAUUGAGGCGAGCACUGACUGGGUCUAGAAAGAAGGUGGACUCCUGUCUGUCUUUGCUUCUAAUUGCAGUCAUUUGGAAUUGCCAUACUGCGUUGGGCAUAGAAAGGAGCCAUCAGCUAGGAAGCUGACUUGUGGCAAUUUGGAUAUGACUUCCAAGAGUCCUCUGGGCAUGGCAAGCCCCACUGUUACCAUGGCUCACGUGUCUAAGAUGUCUGAAGCAGAUACAAAACAGAGGAUUCAAACCUGCCAUGAUGGGCCAUUCCGGCCCUGAAAAGGUAGGGUGUUCUUUCGGGCCUCGCAGAGCCAAGGGGUGGCGGAGGGAACAGUGUUUGAAGUACUUGGUACUCACCGAAUCCACACUGUCAGUUCCAGAACUCUGGAGCUGGUGAGCUGCAGCAGAUGUAGGCGUUUGAGCUCCAGAGUUUGUACUGAGCCGGGCGCCUGGGGCUGCUCCAGCUGCACAGCAGCCAAGGGCAUGCCUGCUUCAGCCCUCUAGAAAGCCAGCCUUGGGAGCCGUGUGCUAGUCCCCGCUGAAAGUACUACCGUGUUGUGAGAGGGAGACAUUAAAGCUCAGUCUAUGACCUACA